AAUCUUAAUUUUCUUGCAGAUAUGUACAGAAAAUUUUUGGAGUAUCGAUACAAGAAUAAUAGCAAGUUGCAGUGGACAAUGUUUGGUUUUGAAGGAUUUUUAUUAGUAAUGGAUGCAAAAUUGAUUGAAGUGAUUCUAACGAGUUCAAAAAUAUUAAAUAAAUCCCAUAGUUAUACUUAUUUACACAAUUGGCUCGGAACUGGUUUAUUAACGAGUACUGGCAAUAAAUGGAAGAAACAUAGGAAAAUUAUAACGCCCGCGUUUCAUUUUAAAAUCUUAGAAGAUUUUAUACCGUCUUUUGACACUGCCAGUGAUGUUUUAGUAGACGUUUUAAAGAAAGAAAUCGGUAAACCAUCCACCAAUAUUUUUCCUUACAUCACUUUGUGUAUGUUGGAUUCGAUUUGUGAAUCGGCGAUGGGUACAACAGUAAAUGCUCAAAAAGAUGCAGAUUCGCUUUACGUUCGUUCAGUAAAACAGAUGUGCAGAAUAAUCGUUGAGAGAACUCUUAGUCCGAUGGGACAAUUUAAUUCGACUUACCAAUUUACGAAAAAUUACAAACUCGAACGCGAAGCUGUAACUGUUUUACAUAAUUAUACGUAUUCCGUUAUAAAGAGCAAAAAAGAAGAAUUGAGUGAAUUAAAUGGGGACACAGAAAAUUAUGACGUGGAUGAAAUCGGAAUGAAACGCAGAAGAGCUUUUCUGGAUUUACUUUUGGAAUAUUCGAAAGACGAACAAAAUAGAUUAUCCGAUGAAAAUAUUAGAGAAGAAGUUGAUACGUUUAUGUUUGAGGGUCAUGAUACAACUGCAGCUGCAAUUUCAUUCUGCGUAUAUUUAUUAUCAAAAAAUCGAGAUUGUCAGGAAAAAGCUUUCGCAGAGAUUAAAGAAAUUUUCGGUGAUGAUAAAAAUAGGAAACCUACCCAAAAGGAUCUUCAGGAUAUGAAAUACUUGGAGCUAGUUCUAAAAGAAUCCUUACGAUUAUUUCCUUCCGUACCAUUUUACGCUCGCGAGCUUACAGAAGAUUUAAAAUACGGUGAAUUAAUAAUACCGAAAGGAACCACAAUGUUACUUUUGGCUUACAUUAUGCAAUUGGAUCCAGAGUAUUUUCCGAAUCCGAAACAAUUUAAUCCGGAACGUUUUGUAAACAAUACAGAAAUAAAUACAUUCUCGUAUGUUCCAUUUAGCGCGGGACCUAGAAAUUGUAUUGGUCAAAAAUUUGCUAUGCUCUCGAUGAAAUCAACGAUAUCGAAAAUUUUAAAAAAUUAUGAUUUAUUUCCCGUCGAUCACGAAAUGGAAAUAUCAUCUGAAACCGUUCUCACUUCAAAAAAUGGUGUUAAAGUGCAAAUAAGAAAGAGGAUAUGGUAACUAAUAAAAUAUAGUAUUUAUAGUAUUUUAAGAAAAUGUAGCAAUGGAAGAUGAAUAGAAUAAUAAAGUUUUUAUCAUUUA